UAGAUACAUUCAUUGUUAUAUACACACACAUAUCUUUGUAUACAACAUUUUCUUCUAUGGGGUUAAGCACACGCACGGUAGAGAUCACGGUUAUAUCAGGUGAAAACCUUAAUGUGAAGGAGGACGCAUACGUCGUCGUUCGAGCCGAGUCCAUAAACUUUUGCACCACGAAAAUGGCCAAAGAUAGUGGCAGCAACAACUCAAGUUUCCUUUCUUGGAACGAAAAAAUGUUAUUGGACAUGCCGGUGCAUGCAAGGUCCAUCACUUUCGAAGUGCAAUGCAAGAAGUCCAACGGGGCUCGACCCGUUGGUGUGGCCAGAAUUGCGGUUUCGGAUUUUCUCGGCGGCUGCGGUAGUGUGCCGGAAAAUUGCAUGCAGGUGUUGAGUUAUAGGUUAAGGGACUGGGAAGGGAAGCGAAGUGGGGUUAUUCAUUUCGCUGUAAGGGUGCCAACGUCGGAGGAAUACUUAAUUUCCACGGAGGAACCGGUUAAGAAAACGGAUCGGUUCACCGGAAUCCAUGUCGGUGACAAGAACUCUAGUGGAGAUGCUACGGGUGUUCCAUUUUGGUGGAACUACCCUAACAUUAUUUGA